AUGACUCCACCCAGGGCACUUGAGUUUAUAUUUCUCCCUAGAACAUCAUCAUAUAUCAAGGACAAGUGGUUUGGCAACCUGGUCACAAUGGAAUGGUGGAAUGAUAUUUGGCUUAACGAGGGUUUUGCAAAAUACAUGGAACUUAUCGCUGUUAAUGCUACAUAUCCAGAGCUGCAAUUUGAUGACUACUUUUCGAAUGUGUGUUUUCAAGUAAUUACAAGAGAUUCAUUGAAUUCAUCCCGCCCUGUCUCCAAACCAGCAGAAACCCCGACUCAAAUACAGGAAAUGUUUGAUGAAGUUUCCUAUAACAAGGGAGCUUGUAUUUUGAAUAUGCUCAAGGAUUUUCUGACUGAGGAAAGAUUCCAGAAAGGAAUAAUUCACUACUUAAAGAAGUUCAGCUAUAGAAAUGCUAAGAAUGAUGAUUUGUGGAGCAGUCUCUCCAAUAGUUGUUUAGAAAGUGAUUUUACAUCUGGUGGAGUUUGUCAUUCCGAUUCCAAGAUGACAAGUAACAUGCUCACCUUUCUGGGGGAAAAUGUGGAGGUCAAAGAGAUGAUGACUACGUGGACUCUCCAGAAAGGUAUCCCACUCCUGGUGGUUAAACAAGAUGGGCAUUCACUCCGACUGCAACAGGAACGCUUCCUCAAGGGGCUUUUCCAAGAGGACGCUGAAUGGAGGGUUCUGCAGGAAAGGUACCUGUGGCAUAUCCCAUUGACCUACUCCACGAGUUCCUCUAAUGUGAUCCACAGACACGUUCUAAAAUCAAAGACAGAUAUUCUGGAUUUACCUGAAAAGACCAGUUGGGUGAAAUUUAAUGUGGACUCAAAUGGCUACUACAUCGUUCACUAUGAGGGUCAUGGAUGGGACCAACUUAUUACACAGCUGAAUCAGAACCACACACUUCUCAGACCUAAGGACAGAAUAGGUCUGAUUCAUGAUGUGUUUCAGCUAGUUGAUGCAGGGAGACUGACCCUGGACAAAGCUCUUGACAUGACUCACUACCUCCAACGUGAAACAAGCAGCCCUGUACUUCUCGAAGGCCUGAGUUACUUAGAAUUGCUUUACCGCAUGAUGGACAGAAGCAAUAUUUCAGAUGUCUCUGAAAACCUCAAGCGUUACCUUCUUCAGUAUUUUAAGCCAUUGAUUGACAGGCAAAGCUGGAGUGACGAGGGCUCAGUCUGGGACAGGAUGCUCCGCUCUGCUCUCUUGAAGCUGGCCUGUGACCUGAACCAUGCUCCUUGCAUCCAGAAAGCUGCUGAACUCUUCUCUCAGUGGAUGGAAUCCAGUGGAAAAUUAAAUAUACCAGCAGAUGUUUUAAAGAUUGUGUAUUCUGUGGGUGCUCAGACGACAGAAGGAUGGAAUUACCUUUUAGAGCAAUACGAACUGUCAGUGUCAAGUGCUGAAAAAAACAAAAUUCUAUAUGGUUUGUCAACGAGCAAGCAUCAGGAAAAGUUACUGAAGUUACUUGAACUAGGAAUGGAAGGAAAGGUUAUCAAGACACAGGACUUGGCACCUCUACUUCAUGCAAUUGCCAGAAAUCCAAAGGGGCAGCAAUUAGCAUGGGAUUUUGUGAGAGAAAACUGGACCCAUCUUCUGAAAAAAUUUGACUUGGGCUCAUUUGACAUAAGGAUAAUCAUCUCCAGCACAACAUCUCACUUUUCUUGCAAGGAUAAAUUGCAAGAGGUUAAACUAUUUUUUGAAUCUCUUGAAUCUCAAGGAUCACAUCUGGAUAUUUUUCAAAUUGUUCUCGAAACCAUAACCAAAAAUAUAAAAUGGCUGGAGAAGAAUCUUCCCACUCUGAGGACUUGGCUACUGGUUAGUACUUAAAUAGUCAAUAGAAAGAGCACAUCAGACGUGACUGCCUACAUAAAGUCAAACAGAGUAACAGCAGCAAAGAUCAAGUCAAGAGCUAUGGAUAGUUUGUGUAACCAAUAAGAAGUCUCAAGAAAUCAGCCAGUGCAGCUGCCUGCUCUCUGCUCUCAUAUCCAGCCAAAAGAUGCAUGAUGAUAGAGUGGUGGGGGAAGGGCAGUUUGUAUCCUAUUUAAAAGUAAAUUUCCUGAAUAAUGGAUAUAUGUGGAGAUACAGACAUAGAUAUAUAGAUAUACCGGUAAUUGUUUUGCCUCAAAUGACUUUCUCCAUUGCUUCACGCUAUGCCACUAUUUUGCUUCUUUAAUUAUUUUUAACAUUGCUUAAUAUCCUGUAGUUUGCCAAACCAGUUUUCCAAACAAGGAAAAUUAGCCAAUACACUAAAAAAAAAAAUUAUCUUUCAUUUGUAUCCCUUUAUCCCCUCACUCUCCCUCAUCUUCAACUCAACCUGAACUAAACAGUUUAUUUAAUUUUUACCAUUCAUGAAAAAUCUGAUACAAACUAUGAAAGGGCAAGGAUCAGGAAACCAGAGACUUCGUCACCAAAUCUCAAAGUAAUAGAAACUAGAUGUCAGGGUUUAUCAAGGAAGCCAGGAAGGCCUUUUGGUUUCAAGCCUUACAUUCAUGAAGAACCCCAAGGCUAGAUUUUUUAGAACAUUCCAAAUGAAGUUGAAUCUGCCCUCACAGAGAUACAAGAGGGAAAGGAAUACAAUUCAUACCCUAUUGCAUUUUUUUUUUUUUUUUUUUUUU